AUGGGUCAUCUGGAGAAGCGCUCCAAGGGGAAGCGACAACGAGACCUGCAGGCGCCGACGCCGCCUUCGCAGGGGGGUGAUGGGAGAUCUCAAGGCGACAAGGCUUCAUCUGCUUCGCCCUCGCAGAGCCACCAAGAUGAUUUGGAGAUUGAUAGCGGGAUAUGGCUCGAUCAGAAUGACCAGAACCCAGAGGCUAUCAACCUUGCCGCCGCGCCCUCCACCGACGGCGAUCAUGCCCAGACAGUCACGGUUCCAUUGACGUUACCAACGUCCAUCAGCGAUUCAUCAUGCAUCACCUCCAUCGUCCAAGGCUCGGCCGACCUGCAAUUACUAGGUGCCGACUUUCUCGAGCACGCCAGUAAUGCCCAGAUGGACGCCGUCACCAUGCCACACUCUGCUCCGUUUGGUACCAACAUCCUCGGCUUCAGCUUUGACCAAGGCAGCCCGGAGAGGUUACUGUACGGAUCAAUUGACAUCACACAAGCCCAGGAGGACUGGUCGCCCUCCACCUCACAAAUUGCACACGGCUGCCAACUCUUUUUUACCCACGUCUCCCACUUCGUACCCUUCCUCCACCAACCUACCUUUGACACCACACACAUCUCCAACCACUUACUACUUAGCAUGCUUUGCCUCGCCUAUCAGUACGGCGAAGAUCCAGAUUGCGUUGGCCAACCAGGAUCGGGUGUGAGCCUGUCCGAGCGGUGCUUCCAUCGAGCACGUACUGUCGUCCUCGCCGAUGAGGACAAGACAGAUGACCCGACACACAAUGUCUCCAUGGUACAAGCAUACUUGCUGCUCGAAAUCUAUGCCAUGAUGUAUCUCUGCGGAAACAACUCGGCGUAUGCUCUCAAGACACACUCCAAGAUGAUCUCGCUUGCCCGAGCCAGCGGAUUGUCGCAACCGAUACCGACGGAACCGACGACGACCAAGGACCUCGACUCAUUAUGGCGGGAAUUCAUCAGGACGGAAUCACAUAAGCGAACGCUGUUUGCUGCCCAUCAGAUUGAUACCCUGUGGUACCAGCUCUUGUCGAUACCUCGCCAAUUCUCACACUUGGAGAUCAAGCACGAACUACCAUGUCCAGAAGACCACUGGACGGCGUCUUCUUCGGUCGAUUGGGCGCAUCGGAAGCUGGUCGCGGGAAAUUCUGGCACGUCGGUCCAAUAUCCGGAUGCUGUUCGACGGUUCUUGUCAGGUGCAGAUCUCAGCUCUCUCCCAGCAUUCGACCCCUACGGCGCCAUCAACAUUACUCACUUUCUCGUCUCGAGCGCACAAGAGAUCUCUGGUUGGUGUACAAUGACGGGAAUGCUCAGCACAGAACGACUCGAACCCUUACGGUCAUCACUCCUGGCGCUCGGUCCUUUUAUCCGUUCGAAACCUGAAUCGACAGACGUAGCGCAUGCGGCAUUGUGUGAGGCGACAUGGGAGUCGGCCAUGAUUGAGGUGCAGAUAUGGUCUCCGUCGCAUACCGGGGGUAUCGUGGGAGGAAGCAUGGAUGCGGUGCUGCAUCAGCUGAGCUACCUGGCGCCGUCCUGCGAGUUUCUGUGCGAAUCCAAUACUGCCAAGACGAUACAGCCCCAUGUCGACUGGUUCUUGCGCUAUCUCGACGCGACAAUUGAGCCAGACGCCGAGGCUCCGUGGAUAACGCUGUAUGCGUACAAGGCGUUCAUGAUUGCCUGGCAACUUGUUAGGGGGAGCAUGUUGGGUUCAAUGCAGGCCGUGGGGGUCGAGGAUGGAGACGCUGAGGCCGCGCUGGCGUGGGCGAGAAAGGUGUUCGGACGGAGACAGCGGUGGCAGUUGGGCAAGAUCAUAAUGGGAUGCUUAGAUUCAUUACAGAAAUAA